UUUUUUUUCUAUUUUGUAUAAUUUCUUUCCACACGCGUAUAAGUUCAUUCUCUCUCCUCUACCAUUCAUCGAAAAUUCAACAUGCAGGCGAGUGACAGGUUUAAUAUAAACUCCCAGCUUGAGCAUCUGCAGGCCAAAUAUGUCGGCACAGGGCACGCCGACUUGACUCGAUUUGAAUGGGCUGUGAAUAUCCACCGAGAUAGCUACGCGUCGUAUGUCGGGCAUUAUCCGAUGUUGGCCUACUUUGCCGUUGCGGAAAAUGAAUCCAUUGGGAGAGAGCGCUACAAUUUCAUGCAGAAAAUGCUUUUGCCGUGUGGUCUUCCUCCUGAGAGAGAAGAGGAAUGAAGUGACUUGUGAGAUUAUGGAUUGGAGGCUAUAAACGGCACUCAUUCGGAAAUUGUCUCCUAAGCAAUGAUUUUGCUUCUAAUUGUUGUUGAUCUUCAUCCUACUGUAAAGAUUUGAUGCUUGUGUUUGAACUGUUUAAACAUGCAAUCGUUUAGUGUUUGUAUUAACGUUGUUUCGUAGUACCUAUAAUUGUGAUGUUGCGUCUUGUUACCUAUGAUGUGAACAUAAACAAUUUAUUUCGAAAUUUGCUUCCUUUCGGCGGAUUA